AAUGCAUCUCGCUUUCCAACAAUUGCUAAAGUGGCAAGAAAGUAUCUUGCAAUUCCUGCUACAUCUGCGCCUAGUGAACAGAUUUUCUCCAUGUCUGGUCAAAUAAUAAAUGAACGACGAAACCGACUAAAACCAGAACAUGUAGAACAAUUAGUUUUUUUAUGUCAUAAC